GUACAAUUCAGGGACCGAAUUUGCGCCAAGUUUGGUGAAAUUUUGCUUGAAUUUUGGCGAUUUUGUGCCGAAAUUGUGCGACGAACUUCAGGAAAAAGAACACUGUUACGUAGAUAUACCAACAGGUUAUCUCUAAGGACUGUUAGUUGAACGAUUCCUUGGAUCUUACGACUGUUAUCAGACGCCGAAAGUGCUUCGAGUUGGUGGUUUCUCACAGCCAGAGAAUGCAGUCGCUGUCUUUAAGUGUUGACAUUUGUGUCUUUUAAAGUUCAGAGAGACUAUUUACUGUUAUUUGUGUUUUAUAUAUAAUCUGAACUGUUCCGAGAGAAGAUACUGGCAGCGUCAUGACGACGGUAGAGUACGAUUUGGAUACGUCAGGUGGGCUGAUGGACACCAUCCGAGCUUUGGUAGCCCCACCCCAAAGUGACGAGCCACCAAAGAAGCUGAAGAAAACUGAGAGAGAGCCCAGGAGAACUGGUCGAACCCAAAACCACGACAGCUGUGACAGUUGUCGAGAAGGGGGUGAUCUGUUGUGUUGUGAUCGUUGUCCAGCCGCAUUUCAUCUUCAUUGUUGUGAUCCGCCGCUGGAAGAAGAGGAUUUGCCACCAGGGGAGUGGUUAUGUCAUCGCUGUACAGUUUCUCCUGGAGAGGAGCACGAUGAUACGUCUUCCACCACUAGCACAGCUACUAAUAGAUCAUCAAUUCACAGUCUAAGUGACAGGGAAAAACCAAAUAAACCAAUUAUGAGGCUGCACGAACGGUUACUAUUUAGACAGCUGUCAGCCAAUAGAGAACUCUUGAUGGAAGAGGAGGAAGACGAUGACACCUCGGAUAUGGAAGUUGAAUCGCCACAAGUUGAGGAGUCACCGUUACAGAUGUUAGUCAGAGCCGCAUCAGUUGAAAAUCCAAAACAGUUUGUAUUGCCAAAUGAAAUGGUCCUUAGCUAUCCGUUGCCAGGCACAAGUAAAAAGCGGAAAAAGGAGGAAAAUUCUGGUAAAAAUGUCAAGAAACCAAAUGAAUUGGAUAAUAAUGGUCUGGUAUCGUUACCAGCCAAAGUAUGCUUUAUUUGCAGCAGGAGUUGUAGACAUGCUGCGUUAUUGCAGUGUGAUUAUUGUCCGUUACUAUUCCACAUGGAUUGUGUGGAUCCUCCGCUGACAACACUGCCAACUGGGAGAUGGAUGUGUCCUAACCACCCUGAACACAUUAUGCCGGAAUUCAACAGUGGGAGUCUUACAGAACGAUGUAAGGUAUACGAUAGGUUUCAUGGUACCUCCUCACAGCAUGCAAUCAAACUAGCAUUUUUGAAAAAGAUUCACAGGAAAAAUCCGCCAAAUGAAAGGUAUCGACCACCUAGAAGGAAAACCAUACAGGUUCCCCAGGCUAUAAAAUCCCAUUAUCAGUUACCACCUCCACUGCUACCUCCAGCUCCUCGUCAGACAUCAUUCCAGUCCAUUUCAUCGUCAAAAACGCAGGGUUUUCAUUCUUCACCAGAGGAACAAGAAGAGUGGUUAAAAAGUGUUGUGGCAUUACAGUGUAGCAUCGCAAGGUUUCUCACGCAGAAGUCCAAACCGUCGUCGGAUAUUAAACCUAAAAUUGAACAAAACGCAACCAAAUCAGGGAAUAGCACACAAUUGAGGACAAUGACUUCAACAAGCUCACUGUCAAGUUUGAGCUCUUCAUCUAGUAGUGUAAAUAUUAACGGAACUCUUGAAGAAGACCAAAUAAACAAUAACAAAACAUUAGUCAACAAAUCCAACCUUACUAACGGACCUUUACAUAAUGGACCUUCUGGAAUUAAUGGCAGUGCUACAAUCGUUAAUGGAGCCGAUGAACUGGACUCAGGGGUGGAUAUCAAAUCUAAAACAUAUCUGAAUCAUGCUGCGAAUAAUUCCAUUGUUUUUAAUAAACUUUCAAGCGGGGCAACUUGUACGAAACCUGUUGCAAGUAACAAGCCCAAUGGGCAAGUUCGGACAGCUGUUGCUGGCGUGCCAGCGAUGUCAACACAGAGUACUAAAAGUUUUACAAGUCUUGUGAAUAAAUCAACUGCUAAUGUGACAGUACUGCCAUCUCCAAAAAUGCCAAUACCAGCAGCUGCCAAGACUGCAACGUCUGCGACUGCGACUACAUCAGGUCUGAAAGCAACAACUAGUGAUUGCUCACCAAACAAGGUCAUAUCUACACCAAUGACAGGUAAGACCAGUCCACUAGGUGGGGCAUCGUUGAAUUCUCUCUCCAAUAAACUAAACACUGCCAACUUGAGUACAUCACCUGCAAUUGUUAAUCUAAAUAAUACUUUACAAGCUGGAAUAGACGGCGUACCAGAUGUAGAAUUAACCAAGUUGGAUGAACGGUUAAUACAAAUACUAGCAUAUCAAAGACUACAGCAGCUACUACCCCAUAAGCAGCCAAGCACUCCAAUAAAGAAAGCAACCACUAGCAAUGUAACAAGUCCAAGUUCACAGCCAGCUCCUCAACUACAUGCUAGAGCCAUGUUGUGUCCACUAACUGGUAAAGGUGCUCCAGUUUCCAUGUGUUAUAGGACUUUACAUAUAGGCACAGGUAAGACGACGAAGCACUAUGAGUUAUUGAACUACAGCGAGCAUGGCACAACAGUAGAUAACGUGCUAUAUUCUUGUGACUUUUCUGAUAAAAUGACAUCAACGCCACCAUGUAAUAACGUUGUUAGCAAAGUUCGCAGCAUCAUAAACAAAUAUAAGGAGAAACGAGAUAAAGAAACUACAAUGAGAGCCACAAUGACGGACUCUGCAUAUCCUGCCAAGAAACUUUGUAACUGUAAAGCAAGUAGUUCGAGUCUGAUCGGGGGUAACGGCGCCGGGUGGGAAGGUACAGCGUUAUUACAUCAUGGUAGCUACAUCAAAGUUGGUUGCUUACAGUUUGUGUUCAGUAUAACUGAGUAUGCCACUAAACAGGUAUUUCAGGAAAAGAAACCAGUUUUGAAAACGCAGUUGUUGCGAUCCCACUCUAUAGUCUAGCAGCCGAUAGAACUCGUUUUAAAAACACAUAGUUGUAAUGUGAACUUGACUAUCUUGUGAAGGUUUGGAUAACCCACGCCUGUGCCGCAACUUAGGCAACUGAAAUUGUGCCAUGUUCACUUUUAUAUAUUUGUUCAAGACAAAUAAAAAAGUGAGAGCAUAUUCCCUUCAA